GCAUAACUGGGGUUUUUUUAUUCUCUGUUGAGGUUUAAGAGUUUUUGGUCCAAAAUUUAGGUCAUCACAAAAGGACUACAAGAGGCAAAGGCCGUAAAAUUGAGAAAAUGGGUGUCACCUUGAAAAGACCAAAGCAGGAAAUGACCUCUAUAAACACCCAACAUCCUGACUGAAGGAGGUGAUUAUAUAAGCAGCCCCUCAUCCAGACAGCCUGUCAGUCAGUCAGUGUUUCUACAUGAACAUCAUGACUAUAAUAACUCUGUGCGCCGUCAUAGGUGAGUAUAAACGUUUUCGUUCAGUAUCAGAGUCUGAAUCUGAUUAAAAAUAUUAAAUACAUGCUUUUAAAGAUCUCCUCCUGCUAAAUUAAACCCCAGGUAUCAUCGCAGAUCUUGGUUAUCAUAUCGCUUAUCGUGUCAUCAUGUUAUAUGAAUGCGUACAUUUUUGUUUCAGCUCAUUGAAUAUCAUGUUUUUGCAUUUUUUAUGUCUUUAUACCGAUCGUUACAUAAAAAAAACAACAAGUGUUUCGUCCUGCAGAGACGUCUUUCAGUGUCUGCACAGAUAAUCUGUGAGAUGGCUUUACAAACGUGAUCCUCUGGUGUGGGCGAUGUGCCCUGCUGCUGCAGAUGUUAUCAGUGAUGCUUGUUUGGUUUGGCCUUUAUAACGCAGACAAACAGAAAGCAACUAAAAUAAGUUCACAGCAUUUUCCUGCCUACACAGAAGUCAGUACAGUGAGCAGUGAAAAGUGUCAUUGGCAGUGAAAAUAGAAAACACUAUAACGUUGUGAAGGUGGUAAUCUUUGUGGGUGUUCUCACAUCAGCUUGUUUUUUCCGCCUGUUGGUCAGACUGUAUUUAUUUUCUUGAAACUGUGCUUCAAAUGAACUUAUACCUAUUCCACUGUUGCUGCGGUGUCUUUAUUCACAGUUGUAAGAACGGUCCUAAGGCUGGGCAAUGAUGCCACAGUGUGCUGUUGGCCGACCGACUAUAGUUUCUGACAUACCAGAGUAUCAACCAGUCUGGAACAGCUGACCAGACUGGGACCAGGUCUAGUGACCUCCUGUUCAGUGCAUGACAAUCGACAUGCGAUCAGACAUGAACUGAACUGUAGGCUUGUCUUGGGACACAUCGAAAUAACCAAGUGUUGUGAGUCAAGAGGGUCCGUGGCAGGAAACGUUUCCGACAACAGUCCACAUAGACCCAGCAGACAACACGGAAGUUUGUGACAUUUCAAUCACUUAGGUGUAGGAUAUGUAGAGAUGUAUGAGGUUCUUCGGCAGUCCAAGCUUGAAGCUAGGAGGUCUGCCCCCCUUGAUCCUGGUGGGGUGGGAAAAAAUGCAUUUAUGAUGCCGAGAUGAUCGAUCCAUGAACCUACUGGUCUGUUUCUUUCAGCCACUCUGAGGGUCCAGCCCAACAGGUCCCAGUUUUUCAGUUAUGGGUCCGUCUCUCUGAGCUGUGAAUUUCAGGGGAACUCCUCCGGGUGGACAGUUAAAAGGAACACACUAAAGAACACUAAUGAAAGCUGUCAUAGCGGGCCAAAUAAAACAAAAUCCUUCUGCUCCUUUCCUGAUCUGUACCCAUUUGACAGUGGAAAGUACUGGUGCGAGUCUGCAGCAGGAGGGUGCAGCGAGGCCGUCAACAUUACUGUGACUGGUGGGUCAGAUUCAAGACAUACCAAAUUCUGUGACUUCAUUACACUUCUUUAUAACAACCACUAUCUGUCCUUUAGAUGAUCCCGUGAUUCUGGAGAGUCCUGCUCUUCCUGUGGAGGAGGGCGACAUUGUGACUCUGGGUUGUAAAAUAAGGGCUACGGACUCCAUUGAGCACACCAAUAUUUUCCCGAAAAAUCACACCGCUCAUUUCUACAAAGAUGGCCUCCUCAUUGGAAGCAGCUCCACAGGAAACAGGACCAUCCACCGUGUUUCCAAAUCUGAUGAAGGAUUUUACAGCUGUAACAUCUCUGGAGUUGGACACUCAAAGGAAAGCUGGCUAACUGUCCGAGGUAAGUCCAUGAAAGCGGCUUCUUAUCAUGGAAGAUUGUUGUCACAAAAAAAAAUCACAUUUCCCGGCGUUUCAGUUACCAAGUUGGAAAAAAAGCAAAAUCAGAGGCCUCAAACAAGAUGGCUCCAUCUACUAAAGUUAUUUUAGCACUUGCCUUGUCUGAACAUAAGGAUAAGAACUCAGUGUGACGUCAUUUUCAGCUCCGACAUCUGAAUUCCGAGGUAACUCGAACGCACCAUAACCCCUCACAGUCCUUGUCCUGGUCUGUCAUGGUUUGGCUCUGAAAACCCAAAGAAGCGGUUGAUUUCAGCAGAAUCUGAAGCAGUUGAUACCCUGUUUGCUGAAAUGUCAUCAGUGGUGCCAUGGUAACCUCAAAGGCUGGCGGAUUUCCUGUCCUUGAACACACUUCUUUUAAAACAAGCUCUAGAGUCUUGUUCUCGAGCUCCUGGAGUUUUUCCUCAUGAUCAUCUGUUCUUGAAUCUAGAGUAAUUAAAGACAAAUUAAAGGCCCGUCUCAAUAGUCUGCUUUUUCAUUUCCAUCCACCAUGUCUUUGAAUUUGAACCCACAUCUCCGAAUCUUCAUUUUUGUCUUCAAACGACUUACUGAAAUAUGCUUUCCAUCUGGUUUUGUGAGGAUCAAAAUGCUGCCUCUCAUCUCUGUGUGAAUAUGACAUUUGAACAGAUGUGCUCACCACUAAAUCACCACAAAAACAAGAGCUGUUGUUUUGGGCCAACCUGUGUUUAUUUCUGUUUGAUUUGCAGGACGUCCUGAGGUGUUAAACUCCCCCUUUGAGCACGCUCGACUUCCUGUGGUGGUCGUGUGCUUACUGCUGAUCUCUGUGAUUUCGGUGACACUGCUCUGCCUCUGGAGAAGCCACAAAGGUUAGCCAUUGCAUUUUACAUGACAUUGUCUACAUCCGUCACAUUAUACAUUUUAAAGGUCAAAAGUCCGUGUUUGAACUUGGAACUUGAAACUUGAAACUUUUCUCAACCGAGCAGAUUCUGCUGAAGGAGACCGAAGCGGCGAGGUGUCAGUGAGAACAAAGGUCUUAACGCCUUUUUUUUUUUUCAUGACAGGCAGCGAAGCAACAAAACAAAACAUUUUUAAACACGAACAAUGUCAUGGUGCAGACAAAAAAUACUGUAAGAGUUUCCACUGAUGUCACUUUUGUUAAAGCUAAACAAGCGUACCUGAAGGUCUGUGCACUCUUACUAUUCAUGUGAAAUAAGGCAGCUCCAGGUUUGCUGUGUGGGUGGAAGUACGUACAGUAUGUGGGGCAUGUUUUCAUUAUAAGCCUCAGUCGCUUUAUCAAACAACUCAACCCGAACAGCAGGGCUGCACGAUUUAGGCCAAAAUCAAAAUCCAGGUUUUUUUCUCUGAAAACUUGAUUUUCGAUUCUUAAUUCAUUGACAACUUCACCAAACUUCACUUUAAUAAAAAGUUUUUCUAUCAUCUCCCAAAGCAAAACCACUGAAAAUGAUGUCGUGCAUAUGCCGAGUAAGUGGCGCUAUAACGCUGCAGUGGAAAUGCACAAAAGACAGAAGAAGAAGAGUACAGAGCAGGUGUGUUGUCGCUACCCGAUCCGUCCCGGAAACCCGAUCCGUACUGCGCAAGUGCAAAUUUACUUCACCUUAAAAACUAUAUUUAAACUACCGAUCGAUUUCAGAAACCAGCUGGCGAUGUGACAGGCUAGCUAGCUGGAGGCUCCAGGGCUAAUGCCGAGACAUUCGCCAGAGCUCCUGCCUAGCACGGUGAGACUUUUUGGGCCACAGAAAGCGCUGCAACCCGGUCAAGUUCAUGGUUCUCUGACUUUUUUAAGUAUCAAGGGGCGAUUUAUUUAUUUCAUUCAUUUUAUAAAUCAAAUUUAUUCACAAUAUGAGACACAUUAUGGACAAUGAAUUCCAGCUUUUUUAAACAGCGUCUCAAAUCUAAAAAAUGAAAUAUUCACUUUUAUUCAAGCCUUUUGUAACUACAUUGGAAUUUUACAAUUAAGUUGUAGUAAGAACCUUUGAUCGUUAAACUGGGCGCCAUUCUCUUGACGUUACGGCGCUCUGCUUCAGUCGGGAGAAGCGCUCCGUUCAGGAGAAAAGUGUGUGGCUGAUGAUAAAUUGAAGCGUCCAUUCCGAAUGAAGCGAGCUCGCUGAUGCUGAAGCUGUCUGACAAGUGUCGAAGCUGUCGCAAAGAUGGCUAGUUGAGGAAGUGCCGUUCGUUUCGCACAUGAGCGGUACAAAUCAGGUUUCCGGGACGGAUCAGGUAGCGACAAGUAUAAAGGUUGUUUUGUCCAGACACGUACAGGCGCCAUAAAAGAGUUACGCUGUGUGAACUCAAAACACUUUUGGGUUUACUUCUGAAUUCGUUUCCAUGGUGACGGGUUGAUACCGCCUUCAGACAGACUUUGCAAAGGGGAGUGGUUUGCUCGUCGUCUGAAAAUGCGAAGCCAUACCAAACGGCAUGUUUGUUUACACUGAUGUGUGUGGGAACUGGGUAGGCUACGGUGGCCUGAAGGCGCAAGACAUGACAGAGAGGUAAAUCAAUUUGACAAUUUUCAUUUUUUUAACAUCGUCAUAAUCAAAUAAUCCGAUUACGGUUUAAAUCGAUUAAUCGUGCAGCCCUACUAAACAGCUAAAUCAGAGCUGAGGGUUCAAGAUGGGAAGAUACGGUACGACUGAGUUAUAUUAUUGUGUUGUUAUUGUGUGAAUCUGUGUCUGAAAAUUUAAAAAGGACCAGAUUGGGAACGCACAAUCUCAGACCUGCCAGUGAACUAGAUCUAGAUUUAGUGGGAUCAUGUAAAAGGUUUUGAAUCCAGUUGCAAACACACUGGAUUCAGCCUCUGUUUGAUGAUCUGCAGCCUCUCAGUUUCUCACCUCACCAUCCCUGCAGUGAUCUGAGUGGGUGGAAACGCACUGCGCUAACAGAUGUUUGCAGAGGUGGUAAAACACUUUUGAGGAGACGACUGCUGAAGUGUCGCAGCCACAGUUUCAAGAGCGUGUCUCUGAGUGCUGAGUCGACAUUACAUUUAUUCACACUUUCCUGCAACUCGACUGCAAAUUGCUGCAACACAAAAGCGGAAGCAGAAUAGUAUUGUGGGAAACGGACUUGCUUUAUGAGUGGGAGUGGUUUUCCAAAUGAAAUGACCUUGCAGACGCUGAUUUCUGAUCGGGUGGGAUAGAGAAAUGACACAGAGGGUGUUUCAGUGUCGACAACCUAGCGACUUUAUCACUAGAUUAAGCAACUUUUCAGACCCGCCAAGCGACAAAUCUAGCGACUUUUUCUGGAGUUUAGAGACUCCACCAUAAACACAGGAAUUGUUGUUACUUUUCUCAACGGGUAGCCGGUGUGCAUCAAAAACACAAACACUCAGACACUCAGACACCCCGCGGAAGACUCCUCCUCCUCCUCCUCCUCCUCUUGGGGGUGGGGGGUCGGUGGCGAUGGUAGGUUUGACCAAGGACUUACGCAAAUUCGGCAAUGACGUGAUCUAGGGACUUCUAGCGACUUUUACGACAGCCACUAGUGACUUCCCUUACUAAGGAGUUGGCAACACUGGGCUGUUUUACUUUCACAUUAAUAUCAACUAAUACCAGUACAUGUGUGAUUCCAUGUGGCCCAAUUAGCAAUACCAAAUAUGCAACAAUCAUUAAGUCUUUAUGUUGAGGAGGGAAAUAACAGACUUUUUCCACACAGGUAGUGAAAAUCAGAACCGAAUCCAAACUCUUUUAAUAAUCUAUUAUGGUUGUUGCUUUUUCUCAGUUGUGCUUUCUUCAUGUUUUCAGUUUCAGACUGAUUUACAUGAACAUCUGCUUGUGUGUGUAGUUUUAAAAGUGUUGUGUUGCAGGAAAAGUUGACCCUGAUCUGCCGUACACUGAUGUGACCAUCACACAGGGAGUGCAGCCCAACAGGAUCACAGGUAAACAGGAACUACACGCCAAAGAAACCAAAACAUGUUUCACACGUAAACAUAAACAAACACCAACAACUCACAUAGAAGAAAGAGGGAAGAGAGAGGGUGAAAACUCAGAUUAACAUCAGAGGUUUUAAUCUAGAAACUAAUUCAACUCAGACUUUAGUCCAGAGCAAUAAAUCUGUCAACUCACCUCUGCGCUGAAGUUUCUACGGAGUAAAGAUUGUGAGGAAACAAACCGUCUCCUGGAGAGGAACCCCGCCCCUCACUAGGUUUCAUUGGCUCAGCGAUAUGUCGAUCACGAUGUUGCCGAGGUAACCAUACACAUAACAUUAGGCCUGAGGCUAGAGCGGCACUAGAGAAAGUCUGAGUCACUGGACUGCUCUUUAACCCAGUUUCUAUUUUUACUUUGACUGACGUGGGAAUCACAUUCACAACAAAUGGAUACGGGGGCGAAGAAAACACGGAAUCAGGCCAUAAAGGUUCUGGGUAAAUAAAUGAAGUAAUGUAGAAAAAACAAACAGAACCAAAACAACAAGACAACCUGUCUCAAGGUUUGUUUAACCCUCCACCUGAAAUCUUGAUUUAAGACAUAUCAAUAAAGACGGAUUGGACAAAGUGAUGGUAUGAAUGCAGACAAACAAAAAUAUAUAAAAAUCAAAGAAAAACAAACAAAAAAGAACAAGAAUACUGUCUACAGUAAAAAUCUUAAAGGGAUAUUCCGGCGUAAAAUUAAUUUAGGGUCAAGGACAUGCAGCUCAAGGAAGAACAUUUAUGAUCAUUUCUUCAUCAUUUCCUUGAAGUAAUAAUCACCAUAUUAAUCAUUUUACAGACGCUGUAGUUCUUCUGUCUUAGCGUCUCGGUCUGAUUGUAUUUCCAUAAAGAAAUGAUCAGAAAUGUUCUUCCUUGAGCUGCGACACCCCGCUGUAGUCCGUAAUGGACUGGCCUGAGGUCUCACUACAAACAAGCGUCUGCUGGAAGAGAGUAGGUGAGUUGUGUUUAGUCUCUUUGUUUAAGAAAUUAGUCAAAGUUAAAAAGAUGUUUGGUGUCUAGUACUAUGGCUGGGAUCCUAUAUGUACUAAUCUGAGUAGAUCAUGGUGUAGUUCUGUACAGUAACAGAACCUCAUUGGAAAAUUAGCUGAUUUAACUUUACUGUGCUCUUGUUCAAAUAUACUAACUCAACAGCACAUAAAUCCAUACCUGUUAACAAAAUCAUGAUUUUAUUGAUAAUUCGGCUCAAUAAAAACAUCUUUACCUUUUUAUUUUACUACAGUAGAAGUUUAUUGGACCAGUUUAUAGACUAUAGAAGUGGAGAAAUGCCCCCGCUUAGGUUUAUGUUUUCUUAGGAGUUAGAACAACUCUGAAUAUAGUACUAUGUCUGUGACCCUAUAUGUCCUGUUGAUGAAGUUAGGUGCUGUUCUGAGCAUUAUUUGUGGCUAUAGAGUGGCGUUUUGGUUGAGCACGUGGCUCUCUGUGUAAAUGUAAAUGUUUCAUAAACUUCUUACUCAGCCGGAUGAAGAAACCCACCAUUACUUUUGACAGCUGUGCAGUUUUAGUUCCUGUCAGUCUGCGUCUGAAGUUUCAGCUAAAAUGUUAAGUUCCUCUUUUGAGGACUGAACUACAGGAUCAGGUUUUGUUACUCUGCCCGUGUAAAUGCUGAUAAACUUUAGUCCUGCGUCUGUUUUCCUCUCACAGAUGUGGGCGCCGUGCCGACCUUCUACUCAACGGUCAAACCUGAAAACACCUGAAAAGGACCCAACAACACCUGGACCGCUGCAAACACAUCACAGCUGGAUGGACGGACCGUAAAAACCGUUCAGUAAACCAAACCAGUUUAGAGUCACUGACCGUGAAACUCCUCACUUCUAUUCUUAGCGCUUGACGGUUUUCACUGAAUGUCUGAAAUGUGCCGAACUGGUUCUUCCUCAUUCCUCUCUCCUUUGGUCUUUAAAACUAGGCCGCUGUGGGAAGACAAGAAGACAUCAGAUCAAGAUUUGGCAAGUCACAGGCAUGGAAAUUGUUUCUCAUACUCUGAUCUUAUCAAAUCUCAGACCUGCUGACUGCUGAUACCGAAAACUUCAAAUCUAGAUCAGCCUUAGUUUGAUUUAAGGAGAUGUGUCCUUUGGCUUAUUAAUCUCUAAAGACACCUGAAAAAACUAGAAAAGCACUCGGAGAGCGCAGACCUCCGCCAAGCAGCUCAUGUCCCCCUUAUAUUGUGAUUCACACCAAAACUUUUACUGUUACGUGUCUUUUAUUAACAUUUAUUUGUGUUUAAACUAGUAUGUUCACUGUUCAUAAUGUUCCUAAAACAAGACAUGCCCUGACCCGGAUUCAAACCCAGGAUCUUCUGGUUGUGAGGCAACAGUGCUAACCACUACACCACUGUGCCGCCCGUUGGUUAUCUUUCAGCAUAGAAAAUUCCAGCGACACCCUUAUUUUUGUGUGUUCUGGAUCACAGUAUCCAGAAUUUUGUCUGGAUCACCACCAAAAUGUAAUGGGAUCCUCCUGGGGCUGAGACGCACCUCUGGUGAAAAUUUCAGGUCAAUCCGUCUGUAACUUUCUCCGUAAAGUUGCUAAAAGACAAACUCCUUGUUACCUCCUUGGCGGAGGUAACAACCUUUAAUUCUCUCGGUGUUUGGGGAUGAUGCUUAAAAGGAUUGAAGGCAGUGAAAGUUGUCUGUGGUUGAUGUCUCAGGUGUUUGGAGCUAUUUGAAAACACCUAAAUGCUGACAACUGCUGGUGAAUUGUGAUCACUGCAUGGAAAGUUUCACUGAACGCAAUCUAGAUGAACUCAUAUGUUUAAUAAUGACAAUAAUUCAAAAACAAGAACAACAAAAAUCCAGCAAAGACGUAAUUAAAAGAUGAAAUAAGACACAGUUUGUGUGAGUAUUUAAAAUUAUAAAAAAUAUACAAACUUAGAUGAUUAUUGUCUUAUAAGCUCUCCAAUCAGACAUAACAGUAAUUUUUGGACAACAUUUGGUCUAAUAUCUAAAAAGUAUCAUAUUUAUGUAUAAAUGAAUCAUCCUUUAUAAAAAGCUGAAGUAGUAAAUAAUGUAUUUGUGUUUAAGUGAAAUGCUGUAAUAGUCAUAAGAAAUGUAAUAUCAUGUAAAUGCCAUUAAGCUCAUUGACAAGUUGAUUCUUUUUUUUUUCAAGCUGUGAAAAACAACUUUUUUAUGAUAAUGAGAGAAAGAAGUCAUUAAAAAGUUUGAUGAGUAAA